UAAUACUGUUCGCCCUUGGGAUAUAUCUAAACGUUGGUCUGAUUUAGUUGUUGAUGAAUUCUUCCAUCAAGGCGAUCUUGAAAAACAAAAUAAUCUUCCUGUAUCCCCUAAUAUGGAUAGAAAACAAGCUCAUCAAUGUCAAAUAAGUCUUGGUUUUGGUGACUUUGUUGUUAAACCUUAUUUUGAAGCUUUUGCUUCAUUUUUACAUGAAGCAACUAUUUUUCUGGACAUUUUGGCUGAAAAUCGUAUUCUUUGGGAUGAUAUGAAAAAUGCUCCUCCACCUCCUCCAACAUUAUUAACUCCUAUUCCUGAUGAAUCUGAAUCCGAAUCUUCUAAUGAGGUUAACGACGAUGAUUAUUGUCCUAAAGGACACCGCCGUGUCAGUUUAGCUGCUGGUUUAUUGAUUAUUCCGGAUGAUAUACAAGAAAAAUUACGCUUAAUGUCUUUACAACGUCAUCCCAAACAUCACCGAAAACUAAAACGUAGUCUAUCGGGCCAUUUAAUAACUAAACCAAAUUCAACAAAUUCACAUUACACUAAUGGCAAAAAAUCUAAUCAGAAAAAAUUGGGUAGGAUGAGACGUAGUAGUUCUUUAGAUCAUAACAUGAUUAGACAAAUAACUUCUUCAUAUGGUACUGGUGACUCACAACCCGAGCAAAGGGUCGUUGUAGCAGGAAGUUAG